ACCCGAGCGCGACAGCGCGGCCGGCGGACCAGGCUGGCUGGUGGGGAAACGAAACUGAGGGAGGAGGCGGCGGCUCUGGCAGCGGCAGGGCUAGGCCUGGUGGCGGCGGCGGCGGCGGCAACGGCGGCCUGAGCCCCCCCUCUCCGCUCCCAGGCAGCUCACCCUCUCCCCUCAGCUAACAAUGAGGAGGAGAAAUGAUCCAGAAUGCACUGCCCCUAUCAAGAAACAGAAGAAAAGAGUUGCAGAGCUUGCCCUGAACCUCAGUUCUACGUCUGAUGACGAACCUCCCUCUUCCGUCAAUCACGCAGCAAAAGCAUCUACCACCAGCCUAAGUGGGUCUGACAGUGAGACUGAGGGGAAGCAACAUAGCUCUGACUCUUUUGACGAUGCAUUCAAAGCAGACUCCCUUGUGGAGGGAACUUCUUCUCGCUAUUCCAUGUAUAAUAGUGUCUCCCAGAAGCUUAUGGCCAAGAUGGGCUUCAGGGAAGGUGAAGGAUUGGGUAAAUACAGCCAGGGUCGGAAGGACAUCGUUGAGGCCUCUAAUCAGAAAGGUCGAAGAGGCUUGGGUCUGACACUGCAAGGCUUUGAUCAAGAGCUGAAUGUGGACUGGCGAGAUGAGCCAGAGCCCAGUGCCUGUGAGCAGGUGUCAUGGUUUCCAGAAUGUACCACUGAAAUUCCUGACACUCAGGAAAUGAGCGAUUGGAUGGUUGUGGGAAAGAGAAAGAUGGUUAUUGAAGACGAGACAGAGUUUUGUGGGGAAGAGCUGCUUCACAGUGUGUUGCAGUGUAAGAGUGUGUUUGAUGUCCUGGAUGGGGAGGAGAUGCGGCGAGCUCGGACCCGGGCCAAUCCUUACGAGAUGAUCCGAGGAGUCUUCUUCUUAAACAGGGCAGCGAUGAAGAUGGCUAACAUGGAUUUUGUGUUUGAUCGCAUGUUUACAAAUCCACGGGACUCUUGUGGGAAACCACUGGUAAAGGACCGGGAAGCUGAGCUUCUGUACUUUGCUGACGUCUGCGCAGGCCCAGGAGGUUUCUCAGAGUACGUGCUGUGGAGGAAGAAGUGGCACGCGAAGGGCUUUGGAAUGACUCUGAAGGGCCCUAAUGACUUCAAACUGGAGGACUUCUACUCGGCCUCCAGUGAGCUCUUCGAACCCUACUAUGGUGAGGGUGGGAUUGAUGGAGAUGGAGAUAUUACCCGCCCAGAGAACAUCACUGCUUUUCGGAAUUUCGUCCUGGAUAACACAGAUCGCAAGGGUGUCCACUUUCUGAUGGCUGAUGGGGGUUUCUCAGUGGAGGGGCAGGAGAACCUGCAGGAGAUCCUCAGCAAGCAGCUUCUGCUCUGUCAGUUCCUCAUGGCGCUGUCUGUUGUCCGAACAGGAGGCCACUUCAUCUGUAAAACCUUUGACCUAUUCACCCCGUUUAGUGUGGGGCUCAUCUACCUGCUCUACUGCUGCUUCGAACGAGUGUGUCUCUUUAAGCCGGUCACCAGCCGUCCUGCCAACUCAGAGAGGUAUGUGGUGUGCAAGGGCCUGAAGGUGGGCAUAGAUGAUGUGCGGGAUUACCUCUUCUCAGUCAAUAUUAAACUCAACCAGCUGCAGAACACUGAUUCUGACGUCAACCUUGUGGUCCCCUUGGAGGUGAUCAAGGGAGACCAUGAAUUUACUGACUACAUGAUACGAUCCAAUGAGAGGUAAGCAAACCGGGUGUUU